GCAAGGCACUCUGGCGCCGGCAUCGACGCCGCUCUGAAGUACCGAGCGCGGCUGGAGAUCAAAGCUCGCGGGAGGUCGAAGGCUGACAAGAGCGUGCUCUGGUGCGACAGCAAGGCCAAGAUCGUAGUGAGCGUCGACAAGCUGCGCGGGUCCAUCUCGGCACGCGUGAAGAUGUGCGAACGCCGUCUCAAAGACUUUCUGUGCGUCUGGAUAGAGCCCGCG